GAGGGGACCUGGAGGAGGUGAGCUGCUCCAGCAGUGAUGAUGAUGUGGAGGGUCUCAGGAAGCGCGUGGGCCGGGGGGCUCCUCCGCCCAUCAGUGUGGGCCCCACUAUCAGAGAGGCCGUACAGCAGGACGCAGACGCUGGAUCCUCCUUUAACAUCAGUACAUUGGUCAUCGCAGCCAUCGGCCUCAUCUGCAUCAGCAUCCUGGUCUUCUCAGGCGGCAGCUUCAACUCUGAGGAUCCUACUCAGGCUGUAAUGUCCCGCAGUGUGAAGGGGGACGAUCCGCAGCCGCCACAAGUCAUCACCGACCUCCAGGACUGGAUUAGGCAGCACGCAGAGCAGUUCUCGGGGGACCCCAACAGCCUGCAGACUAUGAGCCAACUCCUAGACAAGGUUGCCAAGGAAAACCAGGAGAUCCGGCACAUGGAGGCCAAACUUCAGGUGCAGAGGGAAGAGUUAGAAGCUAUACUCUCCAUCAAUGAUGGGGAGAAGGUCACUGCAGCGCCCCAACAUCCAGGACUGACUGAAGAGAACAUCCGACUGAAGGAGGCCCUCCUAAAAGAAGAGACCGCUCACCUGACUGCACAGGAGGAGCUGCAGAAUCUACAGGAGAAGAUGGAUGUCCUUCAGGGCAGCCAUGUGGAGAAGGAAGCUCUGAUAGUGGAGAACACCCAGCUGAAAGUGGAUCUGGAGGCCUUCAGGAGGCAGAUCGAGGGCUUCUUAUCUCAGAAGGAGACCCUGGUGGCCGAGUCCCAAAUGCUGCGUCAGGAACUGGACAAACAACGCUUGUUAGUAACAUCCAUCAGACAAGAUCUAGAAAAUCUUGUGACCAAAACCUCGGAAGGUGAUGACGAGAAGUUACUCCAGGAGAGGCUCUCGGAGAUGAGUAGCAGGUUGGCCAUGGAGGCUCAGAGGUCUGAAACGUGGGAGAAGACGUACGUGGAACACGCUGAGAGAAGGAAGGAGCAGGUGGGAGAACUAAGGAGGGACCACAGCCAGAAGGAGUGGAAGAAGGGUGACAUGUAUAGCAAGACAUCAGAGACCUCCGCGGGGGGAGAAUCCAGAAAAACACGUUACAGGCACGGCAAACGGUGGACUGAAGAUAAUCCACGGGAGUCACAGCAUGAGGAAUGGAGGAGCAAGAAACACGAGCAUUGGAAGGACAAGAAGCAUCAGCACUGGGAGGGGGAGAACCCUGACGGAAGAGAGACGUGGAAGAACAAGGCUAGAGAACACAGGAGAAAAGACUCUGCACACCACCACCAUGACAGUCCAGAGAGGCAUCACCAGGGAGAGGCAGGAGAUGGAUUCCACCCCCGGAAGGGACAGAAGGAAUUUACAGAUCGGCACAAGAGACAAGAAGACGGCAAGAAAGGCAGAGAACAUCGGCACCAUGACCACAACAAGUUCUGGAAGAAGCUUUCAGACCACCAGUAUCGGGUCCCUGUCGGAUGCUCCGACCUGGAGGACUGCGCCAGGAAGGACGGCAUGGACCUGUUCAAUGUGGAGCUGAAGCCGGUGCAGAGGGUGCAGUUUGAGGAGGUCCUUCGGAACUACCUUACCAAGACCCAGCUGUCAAAGCACCUCCCUGAGCUCAUGCCUCUACUUGAUGGUUUCUUCACGGGGCCGCUCUUCUCUCACCACAAGAUCCGCUUUAAGGACUUUUUGGAUGAUGUGGAGGACUUCCUGGAGGAUCUGGCCAGGAAAGAGACUGGAAACGACGACAUUGUGGAUGACUUUGAGAGAUUCGUCUACACCAGCUUCUUCGGAGAAGCUGCCACCAAGAAAAGAUACAUAAAGCAGGAUAAGCAGCAGAAACCCCACAAACACAACAAGCCCUUAGGAAAACUGGGGAAGAUACAUGACAAGGGCAUCAACCAAUCAGAUGACAGACACUCCUUAGACAACAUCCCUGGCAUCGACCACCACGUAGACUGCUUUGACUUUAAAUCUAUGAAGAAGCACAAGACCCAUAUAAAGAUCCGCUAUAAAGAAGAAUCUGACCACAAACACAAUCCAAAAAGCCAAAAUGAUGAGAAUGGCUGCCAUUCUGAAAAGAAGUGCAAAUACCCUCACUCCAAACCUAGUGAAGAAGCUGGAGGACACCACCACAAUGGCCUUCGCGCGCACAAACAAUAUCAGGAAUACCAAGGCAAGCACAACUACAACCCCAAAAAUCCUGGACAUCAAAAUACAUACAAAAAGCAGCAGUCUCCCAAAGAUGGGUUUGGAAAAGAUUUGGGCAACUAUAAACACAAGAAGUCAGAUAAAUAUAAGGAAGAUGUAGAACAUAAACAUUACUCUGACAAACAUGAGAAAGACACCAACAAUAAGCAUUAUCAGUCAUCUCAGAGACAUGAGAGCCACCUUGACAGGUCACCUGAUCAUAAACCACCUCGAGAUGGUGACCAUAGACAUAGACAGCCUGACCACCAUGGGAAGGACGACAGGGGCAAAUGUAGAGACCAUCACCGCAAACAUGGAGAACCUGAGGACCGUCCCAGGAACUAUCACCAAAAGUAUGAACAAGGUAAAGAUAGGGACUACCACAAACAUGGAGAUGACAGGGAUGGGGACUACCACCAAAAGAACAACAAAGCCCAGAGUAAACAUGACAGAGAUGGGGACUAUGACAACAAGUAUGACAAAGGACACUACAAACAUCAACAUGACAGGGAUGGGGAGUACCACCAAAAGUAUAACAAAGACUACCAUAAACAUGGCUACCACAAGAAAGACAAAGAUCACCAUAAACAUGACAGGGAUGGGGAGUACCACCACAAACAUGACAGGGAUGGGGACAACCACCAAAAGUACAACAAAGACCACCACAAACAUGACAGGGAUGGAGAGUACCACCAAAAGUACGACAAAGACCACCACAAACAUGACAGGGAUGGAGAGCACCACCACAAGAAAGACAAAGACCACCACAAACAUGACAGGGAUGGAGAGUACCACCACAAGAAUGACAAAGACCACCACAAACAUGACAGGGAUGGAGAGUACCACCACAAGAAUGACAAAGACCACCACAAACAUGACAGGGAUGGAGAGUACCACCAAAAGUACGACAAAGACCACCACAAACAUGACAGGGAUGGAGAGUACCACCAAAAGUACGACAAAGACCACCACAAACAUGACAGGGAUGGAGAGCACCACCACAAGAAAGACAAAGACCACCACAAACAUGACAGGGAUGGAGAGCACCACCACAAGAAAGACAAAGACCACCACAAACAUGACAGGGAUGGAGAGUACCACCACAAGAAUGACAAAGACCACCACAAACAUGACAGGGAUGGAGAGUACCACCACAAGAAUGACAAAGACCACCACAAACAUGACAGGGAUGGAGAGUACCACCAAAAGUACGACAAAGACCACCACAAACAUGACAGGGAUGGAGAGCACCACCACAAGAAAGACAAAGACCACCACAAACAUGACAGGGAUGGAGAGUACCACCACAAGAAUGACAAAGACCACCACAAACAUGACAGGGAUGGAGAGUACCACCACAAGAAUGACAAAGACCACCACAAACAUGACAGGGAUGGAGAGUACCACCAAAAGUACGACAAAGACCACCACAAACAUGACAGGGAUGGAGAGCACCACCACAAACAUCAACAUGAUGGGGAGUACCACCACAAGAAAGACCAAGACCACCACAAACAUGGAGAUGACAGGGAUGGAGACUACCAGAGGUAUGAAGAUGGUAAGGAUGAACAUACCUACUACAAACCUGAUGAGGAGAGAAGAUAAAGGCACACCACCAUGAUGGCCGCUAUAACGCCCCCAGGAAGUACUUGAUGUUUGGACUUAGUUCUUUGCGUUUUCACUGGUGAUGUUCUCCAUGUUUCGGGGUGAGGUUGGACUUAAGAAUCAGGAAGCCAUCGCUAUGUUGUUAUGGUCACACUCCUCCUAUAGUAUUUGUUAUUUAUGGUCACAUGAUGUCUUCCCGGAAUUCCUUACAAAGCAUAUUCACUGUAACAUUGGAGACCAUCCUGUUAGGACUUCAUUCUGCACCUCAUGUCUUCUGCACUAACUCGGCGGUCUGCCCCACCGUACAGUUGUCUCCUCCAGUUUUCUCUCUUGUUGUAAUGACCUUGUGUGUUUUAUCCUCGUUGUUGGGUUUUUUGUUUUCUUUCAUUUGAUUCCCCUUGUACCAAGACAAUGGAAAGUAGUGAUAGGAUAAAGGCAGUUCUUACCUGUAAUCUCUUCUGACAUCAGCAGCAUACUGAGAUCUGGGCGUGGAGAGGGUCCAUGAGAUGGAGGCAGAUGUCCUGCCCAGGUUACAUACUGAGGUCAAUGUCCUGCCCAGGUCACAUAUUGUUGUUGAUGUCCUGCCCAGGUCACAUACUGAGGUCGAUGUCCUGCCCAGGUCACAGACUGUUGUAGAUGUCCUUCCCAGGUCAUAUACUGAGGUAGAUGUCCUGCCCAGGUCACAUACUGAGGUCGUUGUCCUGCCCAGGUCAUAUACUGAGGUUGAUGUCCUGCCCAGGUCACUGAUGGAGGCAGGUGUCUUGCCCAGGUCACUGAUGGAGGUAGAUGUCCUGCCCAGGUCACAGAUGGAGGUAGAUGUCCUGCCCAGGUCACAGAUGGAGGUUGAUGUCCUGCCCAGGUCACAGAUGGAGGUAGAUGUCCUGCCCAGGUCACUGAUGGAGGUAGAUGUCCUGCCCAGGUCACAGAUGGAGGUAGAUGUCCUGCCCAGGUCACUGAUGGAGGUAGAUGUCCUGCCCAGGUCACAGAUGGAGGUAGAUGUCCUGCCCAGGUCACAGAUGGAGGUAGAUGUCCUGCCCAGGUCACAGAUGGAGGUAGAUGUCCUGCCCAGGUCACAGAUGGAGGUAGAUGUCCUGCCCAGGUCACACACAGAGGCUGAAGCCAAAAGUAGAUCUAACAGAGAGAGAAGUAGAUGUAAUAGAGAAGACUUAAGGAUCUUUCAUGCUGCCAUUUCCUCCCUUCAUGGGUCGACCAUCCAUGAUCAUCUCCUUCCUUCAUACUUACUCUUCCCUCCAUCUGUUCAGUGUCUCUGUCCUCCUGCUGUUUCCUUUGUACUUCCCAUCCUUCAUGUUUUCUCUGUUUCUUUGCACUAAUCCUCUAUGUUCUUUCCAUCCUUCAGUGAUUUCUCCUUUCCUUUACUCUUCUGAAUAGUUCUCCUUCCUUUGUCCAUCUUUCAUGCACAUCCUUUGUGUUCAAUUUAUCCAUCUUCCUCCUUUGUGUUUCAAAUUAUCCAUCCUCCUCCUUUGUGUUUCUCUUUAUCCAUCCUCCUCCUUUGUGUUUCUCUUUAUCCAUCCUUCUCCUUUGUGUUUCUCUUUAUCCAGCCUCCUCCUUUCUGUUUCUCUUUAUCCAUCCUCCUCCUUUCUGUUUCUCUUUAUCCAUCUUCCUCCUUUCUGUUUCUCUUUAUCCAUCUUCCUCCUUUGUGUUUCUCUUUAUCCAGCCAUCUUCCUCCUUUCUGUUUCUCUUUGCGUUUCUCUUUAUCCAUCCUCCUCCUUUGCGUUUCUCUUUAUCCAUCUUCUGAUCUGAUAUAUUUGGCACACAUAAGCAAAAAACACCUCACUUCAGAACACUAUUUUGUAUGCUUCUUCCUCUUCUGAGACUUUUUAAAGUGCCGGUCAAAGGAGGUUUUGAAGGGCAGGUCUGGCCUGGUUUAGGUUUACGACAUUUUGGAGGGAUUUGUGCCCUUUUUUUAUGUGCAGCAUUCGCACCUCAUGAAUUCCCAACCACUGCAAAGUGAAAACUGAAAGUUACUUAUUUAAGGCUGAUUGCUGCCGUACACGAAACCACUAAAGGAAAAAAAAAAGUGGGUUAGGUCCAUGUGCAACAUUUUGGACGCUUGGAGUAAGCAAAAAAAAAAAUUCUAAAUGAAAUGAUGAAUCUUCCCCCAUAUAAAGCUUCACCACUUUCUAUAAAUCACUAUGUACAAAUGUCAGGAGGAGAAGCUUCAUUAAACCUUGUUAUUCCAAUAGUCCGGGAGGAGGAGGUGAGCGGUGGAAUCAGGACAGUGUAUGGGGGCGCCUGUCCUUAGAUCCUGCUGUGAGUGUCCCUGCCGCCCCGACUGGAGGACAGCCCUGCACUCACCGCACUGUCCCCAUCCACACACUGGGUUGCGCUUUUGUUUUUUGUGUGUUUUUUGCCGUUUUAAUUUAUCUCACUGAACUAAUGCACUUUGGAAAUAAAACUUUAAAACGUUG